GUUCCAUUGAUGCCAGCUCGGUUAUGGAAAAAUAUAGAACGCGUGUGGGGAGCUAAAAGCCGAGCUGAUCAGGCGUGUGGAAUUCUUAUGAGGAUCUUGACUACUGGUGGUGAGAGGCAGUCGUAUGUCAAGGAUGAACAGCAACCGGAAGCGCCGUCAACAGCUGAGGAU